AGCUGGCCCAUGUGGGAGCCCUUUGUGACUGCCCCUGUCCCGCCGUAAUGGCGGAACUUCGGACACAGCUUGGCGAGGACGAUGACGAAGACGAGCCGGAGUACGUGCAAUUUAAGGUCAUACUUCUUGGCGACGGUGCUGUUGGCAAGACAUCUCUGGCCACGCGAUUCUGCGAGGAUCAUUUUGCCAAGCAAUACAAGCAGACGAUAGGUCUGGACUUCUUCGUGAAACGAGUAGUCCUUCCAGGCGAUGUCCACGUGUGUUUGCAAAUUUGGGACAUCGGAGGUCAGUCCAUCGGCGGCAAAAUGCUCAGCAACUACAUUUAUGGUUCUGCUGCUGUCGUGCUUUGCUACGACAUCACCAAUUACCAAAGUUUCCAGCAUUUGGAGGACUGGUUGUUCUUGGUGAAACGCACAUUCGACCAGACUCCCAUGCCGUAUACGGCUUUGAUGGGAAACAAGGUUGACCUUGCACACAUCAGAGCGGUAAAGGUGGAGAAGCACUCUCAGUUUGCAGAAGAGAAUGACUUGUACAGCUACUUCGUCUCAGCUAGAACGGGAGACCAGGUGCAUUCUGCCUUCUUCCGGAUCGCUGCGGAUUUGGCAGGUGUGUCACUGACAAAGCCAGAGCUGGAGGUGGAACAAAAACCCGCAGCAGCAGAACUCAUCAAUCACCCGCGCAAUGACCCCUCACAUCCAGAGG